CAAUCGAUCAAUUAAAUCUCGGCGACGACUUCUUGCCUUCCUCUUUUAUCACCAAUCGAUCUCCGCCCCACUCAAUCCACUCUCUCCGCCUCUUUUCUCCCGAUCCAAAUCCACAACCGAAGAAAGGCAGCAGCGAUGGAAGGCCUCGUCAAAGGCUUGCUGAACGUGGCCCUGGACGCCAUUGGCGGCGACGACGGCGAAGACUUGCGGCGUCAGGGCGAGGAGCGCUCCAGAUCCACUUGGGCCCAGGUGGUCUCCUCCGGGGAUGCAGAGGGUGAGGGCGACUCCGGCCGCCGCCGAAACCAAUCGGGCGCCAGAAAGGCGAGCGGCGAAGGAAAUGAUGGAGACUGGGAGACCGUAAGCGGUAGGAGGAAGCAUCCGCAGGAGGAUUCACAGAAGAGACCUCAAAAGAGUUGGCAGGUACCAGCAGAAACCUGGAGUACAUACAAAAAACAUCCUGAUGAGCAAGAGUAUAUGGCUCAUACCCAGCAUGCUGCAAAUGUAGAACCAACAAGAGAGGAGCUUCAUGACCUUUCAAAAGCAUGUAGUAGAUUGUGGGAACUUGAUUUAAAUCGAUUGGUUCCUGGCAAAGACUACGAGAUCGAGUGUGGCAGAGGAAAAAAAGUCUAUCAAGAAGAAGACAUGGCUCAAGGCAGCCUCUUCACUUGGUUGAGUGAUUCGGUCCUAAGACAACCCACUUAUUCUAGGUUUUGUUCUCUUCUUGAUAACUACAAUCCAGAUGAAGGGUGCAGAGAAGUGGUCACCUCAGAAGAGAAGCAUGAGCAAGUUGCAUUUAUUGAGGAAAUUAGCAGGACUGCACCAAUCAAGUAUCUUUAUCACUAUCUAGUUUCCAAGGAAAUUAUAACUGAAAAUUUUGAGCAGUUCAAGAGAAUGAUGACCAGCUUAUGGUUCGAUUUGUAUGGUCGAGGUGGAGUUUCCGGUUCUUCAUCAGCCUUCGAACAUGUAUUUGUUGGAGAAAUCAAAAGGAAGGAAGAGAAAGAGGUCUCUGGGUUUCACAACUGGACUCAGUUUUAUUUGGAAGAGGCUAAAGGAACCGUCAAUUACCAUGGUUAUAUUCUACCAAGAAGACGCGGUGAAUGUGUGAGUGUACUAGUAAUUGUUCUUUUGUAA